GCGCGUCCUCUUGUCUAAUAUAUUAACGUGGCCCACGUAAUUAGUGGGCCGGUCUUAUUUUCGAGGGGAGGCAAUGCGCCCCACGUAACGAACGGUCGGGACGUCGCGACACUUGCAAUGCGAACUUUUCAUGAUGCCUCCUCAUAUUCCGCCCAACAAACGAUGAAAAGAAGCCAUUGAAAUCCUCCCACAUUCCGCUUCUUCUUUCGCUCCUUUUUCUUCUUUUAACAGAUUUCAAAGGCAUUACUUUCUGUUCCAUCCCUCCCCCGUACGACGAGGACAGAUCCUUCUUUCUUCUCUCAUCCCUUCAUCCAAAAUCCAAUUCAAAUUCCAAAUUCCCAACCAACCCUUCCCAAAUUCCAAUUUCCUUCUCAUUCUCAAACUGAUAUUCACCGAAAUCCGAUAAAUUUCAUUCCAGGGGAUUUAUAUUAGAUUUUUUUUUUCUCUCUCUCUCUCUCUGAAUUUUGUCCCCCAAAUAGUCGCAGCCCAUAUGCUCGACGAAAGUCCAAGAUGAGUGUCGUGGGGUUCGACAUCGCCAAUGACAGGUGCGUCGUCGCGGCUGCGAGGCAGCGCGGUAUCGAUGUCCUCCUGAACGAGGAGUCGAACCGUGAGACGCCGGCGGUGGUUUCAUUCGGCGAGAAGCAGCGCUUCGUGGGGGCCACCGGUGCGGCCUCGUUGAUGAUGAACCCUAAGUCGACCAUCUCUCAGAUCAAGAGGCUGAUCGGGUUGAAUUAUCGCGAGCCGAGUGUUCAGGAUGAGCUGCGGAGGCUCCCUUUUGCGACUUCGGAAGGCCCGGAUGGAGUGGUUCUUGUGCAUGUACAGUACAUGGGUGGGACCCAUGUGUUCACACCGGUCCAGAUUCUGGCUAUGCUGUUGUCGCAUUUGAAGCAGGUGGCGGAGAAGAGUUUGGAGGUGCCGGUGACAGAUUGCGUUAUCGGGAUUCCUUCCUACUUCACGGACGGGCAGCGACGGGCCUACUUGAGUGCCGCUGCGAUCGCGGGAUUGAAACCGCUGCGUCUGUUGCAUGAUUCAACCGCGAUCGCGCUUGGUUAUGGGAUCUACAGGUCGGAUUUUGGUACUGCGGGACCCACUUACAUUGCCUUUGUUGACAUUGGGCAUUGUGAUACACAGGUGUCAGUUGUGGCAUUUGAAGUGGGCCAGAUGAAGAUCGUUUCCCACGCUUUCGACCCGAGCUUGGGCGGGAGGGAUUUUGAUGAGGUCUUGUUCCAUCAUUUUGCUGCGGAGUUCAAGGAGAAGUAUGCGAUCGAUGUUCUCCGGAAUGCGCGGGCCUCUAUUAGGCUGCGGGCUGCAUGUGAGAAGCUGAAGAAGGUUCUGAGUGCGAAUGCUGAAGCGCCGAUAAAUAUUGAGUGCUUGAUGGAUGAGAAAGAUGUGAAGGGUCUUAUUAAGAGGGAGGAGUUUGAGAAGCUGUCUCUGAGUCUGUUGGAGAGGAUCAGUAGGCCAUGUAAAAAGGCUUUGGCUGAAACGGGUUUAAGUGUGGAAAAGAUCCAUUCGGUAGAGCUUGUGGGGUCUGGAUCACGGAUACCGGCAAUUGCAAGGAUGGUGUCGAGUUUGUUCAAUAGAGAGCCAGGCCGGACUGUGAAUGCGAGCGAGUGCGUGGCCCAUGGAUGUGCUCUUCAAUGUGCGAUGCUUAGCCCGCUAUUCAGGGUCAGAGAUUAUGAGGUCCAAGAUUCACUUCCUUUCUCCAUAGGAUUUUCAUCAGAUGAAGGUCCUAUUUGCACACUGUCAAAUAGCAUAUUGUUCCCAAAAGGCCAACACAUUCCCAGUACUAAAAUUCUAACGUUUCACCGAACUGAGAUGUUCCGACUGGAAGCAUUUUACGGUGAUCCAAGUGAAUUGUCUCCCGGGGUAUCUCCAAAGAUUAGCUGUUUCACGAUUGGACCUUUUCCUGCUCACCAUGGUGAAAGACCUAAAGUUAAAGUUAGAGUCCAGUUGAACCUGCAUGGGAUUAUUAUUGUAGAGUCAGCUUCACUGAUAGAAGAUGAGACAGAUGAUACAAGGGCUACUGUGCAUUCUGAUUCAGAUAAAAUGGAGACGGAGUUUGCUUCUGCAGUUCCUCCUGAUACUGUAUCAGAUUCUGCUGAAAAUGGUGAAUCUUUACGGGCACCUGCUGUAAAUUCUGCUGAAGUUCAACCCUCCAGUGCUGAUGUAAUAAGAAAAGGAAGAUCUUCAAGGAGAAUUGAGAUACCAGUCACGGAGACCAUAUAUGGCGGGCUGUCAAAGGCAGAGCUAUUGGAAGCUCAAGAGAAAGAAAUUCAGUUGGCUCGUCAGGACAGAGUUAUGGAACAAACAAAAGAUAAAAGGAAUGCCCUGGAAGCAUAUAUCUAUGGUACGCGAAAUAAGCUUUUUGAUACAUAUCGGAGCUUUGCAACUGAUUCGGAGAAGGAAGAGAUCUCCAGAAACUUACAACAGACAGAAGACUGGCUAUAUGAGGAUGGUGAUGAUGAAUCUGAGAAGGUUUACACUGAGAAGCUGGAGGAACUACAGAAGCUGGUGGAUCCUAUCGAAACUCGAUUCAAAGAUGAAGAAACUAGGCCUCAAGCAACAAGGGAUUUUUUGAAGCGUAUUGUAGAUUACAGGAUGGCUGUGAAAUCACUGGCUAACAGUGAUAGAGAUGCGGUCCUUAAUGAAUGCAACAAAGCGGAACAGUGGCUACGUGAGAAAACACAGCUGCAGGAUUCGUUACCCAAGAACACUGACCCAGUACUAUCUUCCGAUGAAAUCAAAAGACAGACAGAGGCACUAGAUAUGACUUGUAGACAUAUAAUAAGACCCAAGGCUUCUCCUACAAGGCCAGUUGAGACGAAGGGAACAGACCGUCCAAAUAUACCAGAUAACGGCGAACAGACAGAGUGAGAUGGCCCACUGAAGCUAGGUUUAUUUAAAUUCCUUGUCUUUUGUUAUCUUAUA